UAAAUAAAUAAAUAAGCAAAUGAAAAGACAAACACAGAACGGCCACCAUUAAUUAAAAGUUUAAAACCAACAAUGAUGUUCAAAUAUUCCCACAAGGCAUAAAACGACAUCUUUUCAUGAAUUCAUUGGAACCGACAGUUCCAAAUUUUCAACCUUUUGCUGUCGAACAUAUCUGCUACAUGUUUAUAAAUAGACUAAAUGUGCGUUCAACUAGCAAUUACAAAGCUUGAAGCUCAUUUUCAUUCAAAUGGAGCCAAAUAUUCCGAUCCAAAGAGGAGAAGAGCAGUCAAAAGUCAUCAAGGCAUGGAAGGAACUAAAGAUAACAAAGGUCAACAACAAGACUCAGAAGAAGCUCCUAGAUAUUUCAGGAUGGGAGAAAAAGAAAACUACAAAGAUCGAAUCUCAACUCGCUAGAAUUCAGCGGAAAAUGGACAGUAAGAAGAUGGAGAAAUCUGAGAAACUAAGGAGCUAAAAAGCAGCAGUUCAUGCAAAGGCACAAGAAAAGAAAGCAAAUGUUCAAACCAGACGGGCUCAAGAGAUUCUGAAUGCGGAAGAAGAAGCUGCUAGGCUUCAAGCAGCCGGACAGAUACCCAAGAAGUCAUCUUUUAGCUGCUUCUGAGAUCAGCACUAACCUGUGAUACAGAUUAUCACCUAUCUCCACUAUCCUAUGUUCAUACUUGUAUCUUUUAUAUGUUGUGUG